AUGGGCGACUACCAGCCGGACGAGCCUUCGUCGCCCGUCGCCGCUGUCGGCGCCGCAAAGGCUGCUGCGCGACCGCACCUCAAGUCCGGCUCCAGCAACCCCAACAUGAACGGCCCGCUGUACAUGCAGACGUCGGGCAGCAAUGUCGUCCUCGUCCGCAGGCUGAAGCGCAAGGAGGAUGGCACUUGGAAGCACCUUGCGCGGUGGUUCGUCGAGAACCAAAUCGGCCUCUCCUUCAAUCUCCUGGCGCUCCUGUUCCUGGCACACACUUUCAUUCCGAAAGCGAGAAUACAUACCCACAAGUUCUUCCACCUUGCGUACUAUAGCGAGCAGACCGGCAAGUAUGGCAUUGGCUUUGAUGAUGCCUAUUUUAUCACCUUUUGCAUCGUGCUCUUUACGGGCCUGCGGGCCGGCAUGAUGGAGUACGUCCUGGCCCCGUUCGCCAGGCUCCAGGGCGUCACCAAGCGAAAGACCUUGACCCGCUUCAGCGAACAAGCCUGGCUGCUCGUUUACUACUGCUUUUUCUGGACACUCGGCGUGUACAUUUACAGCACGUCGCCACACUUCAUGAACAUGCGAGGACUCUGGACCGACUGGCCGAAUCGCGAAAUGGAUGGUCUCAUGAAGGGCUACGUCCUGGCGCAGUGGGCCUUUUGGCUGCAGCAGAUCAUCGUCAUCAACAUCGAGGAGCGUCGCAAGGACCACUGGCAAAUGUUUAGUCACCACAUCAUCACCACUGCCCUCAUUUCGUCGUGCUACUGCUAUCACUUCACCCGGAUCGGCAACUUCAUUCUGGUUAUCAUGGACGUGGUGGACUUGUUCUUUCCGGUUGCCAAGUGCCUCAAGUACACGGGCCACAACACGCUCUGCGACGUUUUCUUCGGCAUCUUCAUGGUCUCGUGGUUCAUCGCCCGCCACAUCUUCUACAUCAUGGGCUGCUGGUCCGUGUAUGCUCAUACGGAGAAGAUUAUGCCGCUCGGUUGCUUCCGUGGUUCCAACGACAAUCUCAUCGGGCCCGAGGACCCCCCGCCCGGGCUUUCGUACCUCAUCGAGCCCUUCCUCAGCUCUACCGGCCGUGUUUGCUACAACUCCACGGUCAAAUGGGCAUUCCUUGCGCCGCUGCUCCUGCUUCAGGUCAUCACCAUUGUGUGGUUCACCAUGAUCGUCCGCGUCGCCGUCAAGGUCAUCCGUGGCGACGGCGCCGAGGACACGCGGAGCGACGACGAGGGAGACGAGGAGGAGGCCGAUGAAGAGGACGAGUUUAUCUAUGAGGAGGCUCAACCGCUCGAGGAAGAAGUUGGCGUGGAGGAAUUGGACCUGAAGAACUGGGAGCGCCGGACCGGGGUUAAGCGCCAGGCCAGCAGCUCCGGAGUCAGCUUGCCUGGCCACAGCGACCGAAAGGAGCUUCUUGGCCGGAUAGGCUGCGAGAAGCAGGUCGACUAA